CGUCAACAACGCCCUGCCCCGCCCCGGCCCCUCUCUCUCUCUCUUUCCCAUCGCGACGAAUCUUCGUCGUCGCGAGCCCUAAUUUCCUUUGUUUUGACCUAAUCGCUUCUCUCUCUCUCUUUCUCUGUGUUCUUCGUUUGAUUUUAUUCGGGAGGGAAGGGAGGUUUUUUCAGUCGAGCUCGAGGACGCAGGUGGUUCGGCGGGGGAAGAGGCGACAUUAGCCGUCCGUGUUGUUUCGAAAGGCCCGGGGCGGUUCUCGUCUCAUGCGAUCUCUGUGAUUUCAGCGUUCACCUCGUGAUUUUAUAAUUUCGGUGGGGGGGCCUUUUUUCUAUUGUUUUUUCCUUAAAAAGAGAAAAAAAAAUUUGAACAUGGCCUUCGGUAUGUCGGACGAGAUGCUGGGGACGUUCGCUCCGAUCGUGGUGUAUUGGGUGUAUUCCGGGAUAUACAUCUCCCUGGGAUCGUUCGAGAAUUACCGGCUGCACUCGAAGAAGGACGAGGACAACAAGAAUUUGGUGUCCAAAGCGACGGUGGUCAAGGGGGUCCUCCUCCAACAGGCGGUUCAGGCUGUCGUCGCCAUCCUCUUGUUCACGGUUACUGCAGAUGAUGCUGGGGCUUCUGCAGGCUCGAACAAUUCCGUUAUUGUAUUAGCAAGUCAAUUUAUCACUGCAAUGGUGGUAUUGGAUACUUGGCAAUACUUCAUGCAUAGAUAUAUGCACCAUAACAAGUUUCUAUAUAAGCACAUCCAUUCUCAACAUCACCGGCUUGUUGUGCCUUAUGCCUUUGGCGCUCUCUACAACCAUCCUUUGGAGGGUCUUCUUCUAGACACAAUCGGGGGUGCAUUGUCUUUCCUCUUGUCUGGGAUGAGCCCUCGAGCAUCCAUUUUCUUCUUCUCUUUCGCAACCAUAAAAACUGUUGACGACCACUGUGGUUUGUGGCUUCCUGGGAAUCUCUUCCAUGUUUUCUUCAAGAACAACACAGCUUAUCAUGAUGUCCACCACCAACUAUAUGGUAACAAGUACAACUUCUCUCAGCCAUUUUUCGUCAUGUGGGAUAGAAUUCUUGGCACCUAUAUGCCAUACACAUUAGAGAAGAGAAAAGGCGGUGGCUUUGAGGCGCGGCCGACUAGGGAGUACAAAGAAAUUUGAAUUUUCCCUAAUCUGAGCGUUUUGAUUUGUAAUGAGUUUUUCCAUGUUUUCUGCCCCUUUGGUGCCACUCUUCCGAUAUAGUUGGUGUAUAUAUACUGCUGUGAGCUGUAUCUUCCGUCUUACUAUUCUACUACUGUAUUAUUUUUAUUUUGGAUAAUGGAAAUAUUAUGGAAAUCUUGAGAUCCCUUUGCUUUGGUUGGCUGUCCUAAGUUGUAUGUGGGGUAAGUAAAAAAGAAUUGGCUGCCUUAUUGGUACCAUUAUGA